UUGUAGGUUUGGGAAAUCGAUCCCUUGUCCCAAGCUCUCAUCAUCUCAUUUGCCAUGUUUUCCAUUUCGACCUCUCAAAAUUUCCAUUUCUGCUCUCAUAUUAUCUAUUUCUGUGGUUUGUAGAUUGAUUUAGAUUGCGCUUUGAAUUUUAAAGUAGCAGAUCUAAAUCCUAGCAUUUUCUAUUUGUUUACCAGUUUUCUGGUUGUGUUUCUUUAAUUCGAUUUGUUUGCAUGCAAAUUUUGGAGGCAAACUUAGUCCUUUAAUUCCUAACUUCAUGAAAUUUUACUCACUUUAUUGCUCAACUAAUUUGGGCAACUGGGUGUUCCGUGCAUUAUCCGUUGUUGUUGUUGUUUUUUUCUUUAAUAAAUUAUCAAAUUUUAGAUUUUCUCGUUCCUUUUGAUACUUUUUUUAACUUCUGGCUGAUUCGAUCCUUGAGGAGUUGAUCGAAUUUUGGCAAGUUCAUUUGCCAUCAAUUCAACCAUUUUGAGUUCAUGGAUAUUGAAUUUUGUAUACUACUAUUUUUUUUUAUUAACAGUUAGGGCUUUUCUCCCCAAAUUCCAAAACUUCAAUACUUUGCGUAGUGGGAUUUUAGUUAGAAGAUGGAUUACGGUAGAGAUUUUUCCAGUGCAAAUGUUGUCCAUGUAAUUCCUGGAAGUGGGCCUGAGAAUUGGUUUCCUAAUUCUACGGAUUCCAAUUUUGUUUGGGCCACAGAAGAUGAUUAUCAUGCUUGGAGCAACUCCGACGGCCCUUCUGAUAACGCUCCCUCCAUUUCAAACAUUCAAUCCUCCCAAACACGCUCUGGCAGUGAACCACCAAAUAAGAAAUCCAAAAACAACACCCAAGAAUCUUCCAAAAAAUCCAUUGGGAAAAUGUUCUUCAAGACCAAACUUUGCUGUAGGUUCCGUGCUGGCACAUGCCCGUACAUCACAAACUGCAACUUUGCCCACAGCAUAGAGGAGCUUCGACGCCCGCCUCCAAACUGGCAAGAAAUUGUGUCUGCUCACGAGGAAGAGAAAGGGAAUGUAGUGGAGAUGAGAGAGGAGUUUCAAAUUCCUUCUGUAGGGGGAUUUGGAGGGGAGUCACAGAGGUCUUACAAAGGGAGACAUUGCAAGAAGUUUUAUACAGAGGAGGGGUGCCCCUAUGGAGAUAAUUGUACAUUUUUGCAUGAUGAGCAGUCGAAGAAUAGGGAGAGUGUGGCAAUAAGUUUGGGUCCAGGAGGGUAUGGAGGGGCUACAGCAGGUGGAGGUGUAAGUGGAGGUGGGAGUGGGAGUGGGAGUGGGAAUGGGAAUGGAGGGAACGUGAAACCAUCAAAUUGGAAGACAAGAAUUUGUAACAAGUGGGAACUCACUGGGUAUUGCCCAUUUGGGAAUAAGUGCCAUUUUGCCCAUGGAGCUGCAGAGUUGCAUCGAUACGGUGGAGGGCUUAUGGAGUCUGAAGCUAAAGAUGGUUCUGCCCCAGCUGAAACAAAGCAGGGAGGAGUGCCUUCAAAAUCUCCAGCAGAUGCUGUGGUUGCAUCAGUUACUACAGUUCCCCAUUCAGAUGUCUAUCAUGCCGGUGUUCCAUCUCAAAGGUCAUCCAUUUUAAUUCAGAGACCAGGGCAAAGAACUCAUGAAAAAUGGAAAGGCCCAGACAAAAUCAGCAGGAUAUAUGGUGACUGGAUUGAUGACGUUGAAUAGAUUUUGGAAUUAUAAGAACUUGAAAUGUUAAAUAGUUAAUGCAAUAUUUUAGGCAUAAAGUCAUUAAGGAGCUUCUGGUGUUGGGUACACGUUUAGUAAUAGUACUGUAGUUUUGUUGUGAAAAAUUGAAGCUUGUAUCAAAUUUGUAACCUUCCAUCUUGUAGUAGUAGUACUGUAGCUGCUUGUGAAAAAUUGAAGCUUGUUUCAAAAUUGUAAUCUUCCUUCUCUGUAAUCAGUCAUAUUUACUGAACUAUGUAUCUUUAAAUGCCCUUGUGGCUGUUUAAUGCGUUUAUGCAAUUCAAGAAGUCAUUACUGGA